AUGGAGCUUGGAGAAAUUGUUGUUGCUGAACGUCCUAGUGAGAAAAAGCUGUAUACAGAGAAGGAACCCGGAGCCCAGGACCUGCUGCAGAAAAGCGGAAAGCAAAUCUCUCGGCUUUUUGGGUAUCUCACAGAUAAACCCCUAAUGGUGCAGCUCAUGGAUUGGAUGUUGCGAGGGACCUCUCAGGUGAUGUUUGUCAAUAACCCUCUCAGUGGGCUACUCAUUUUAGUGGGGCUUUUCAUCCAGAAUCCUUGGUGGACGCUCACAGGCUGUACUGGGAUGGCCGUUUCGACAUUAACAGCCCUGACUCUGAGUCAGGACAGGUCGGCCAUCGCAGCAGGGCUCUAUGGCUACAAUGGGCUCUUGGUGGGACUGCUCAUGGCCAUCUACUCUGACAAAGGCGAUUACUACUGGUGGCUCCUACCUCCAGUGGUGGUUAUAUCCAUGGCCUGUCCAGUCUUGUCCAGCGCCUUGGCAUCAGUCUUCAGUAAAUGGGACCUUCCUGUUUUCACUCUGCCUUUCAAUAUUGCGGUAACUUUGUAUUUGGCUGACACAGGAUAUUACAACUCCUUCUUUCCUACAACCCUCAUCUGGCCUGUAACAUCUGCACCCAACAUCACCUGGUCUGCAAUCAACGUGCCCCUGCUCUUGCAAUCCAUUCCAGUUGGUGUUGGUCAAGUUUAUGGUUGUGAAAACCCUUGGACUGGAGGCAUCUUCCUCAUGGCUUUACUUAUCUCCUCCCCAAUGAUUUGCUUACAUGCUGCAAUUGGAUCUACCAUAGGGAUGCUGGCAGCUCUGACCCUCGCAACACCGUUCGACAGCAUCUACCUCGGCUUGCACAACUACAACUGCGCGCUCGCCUGCAUUGCGAUUGGAGGCAUGUUCUAUGCCCUGACCUGGCAGGCUCAUCUGCUGGCCCUUGCCUGUGAGCUCUGGAGUUGCUUAAAUAUUGGUGCCUCUCCCAGCUCCUCAGUUGCAAAAGUGGGACUGCCCCUCUGCACGUGGCCCUUUUGCUUCUCCGCGCUUCUCUUUUUGCUGCUCGCUUCAGACAACCCAGCCAUGUACAAGAUCCCCCUCUGCAAAGUCACCUACCCCGAGGCCAACCGCAUCUACUACCUGAGCAUGAUGAGAAGAGCAUCGGAGAGCAGAAGAGAGGAGCAGAAAGCAAAGGUGCCAAAAUCCUCCGGCGAUUUGAAAAUCCAAACCAGAGGCACUCCACUGUGCAGUCCAAAAAACAGCCGUGAUUACUGA